AUAAGCCGUCGUGAUCGGCGGACGAGUCUGCGUCCGCGUCACAGUUAUCACCCUCUCUUAUCUCGUCGCGAUUCUCUACGCAAUCAACAAAAAAAAAAUUAAGAAAAACAUCUUCCAUUUAUUAUUAUUUUUUUUAAAUUUACAUCCCUCUCUGAUUUCUUCUCUGUUCCCAAAGUAAACACGUUUCUUCUUGCUUCUUUGAUUCUGGACCUACCGCUCAGUUGAAAACAUUAAUCAUCUCCAAUGGAUCAUAUAAGCAACGAGGCCAAUGUCGAUCCAUUUUCAAUCGGACCAACAUCCCUCAUCGGCCGAACCAUCGCCUUCAGAGUCCUCUUCUGCAAAUCAAUGCUCCAGCUCAGACGCGACCUCUUCCGCUUCUUGCUUCAUUGCUUCCUUACACUCAAGCCUUCCGUCUCACCCUUUGUAUCCUGGUUCCACCCCCGGAACCCGCAAGGGAUCUUAGCAGUGGUCACAAUCAUCGCCUUCGUGUUGAAACGUUACACCAACGUGAAGAAGAAGGCGGAGAUUGUUUACUGGAGGAACUUCUGGAGGAACACGAUGCGCGCGGCUUUGACCUACGAGGAAUGGUCUCACGCCGCUAAGAUGCUGGAGAAGGAGACGCCGAAGAUGAACGAAUCCGAUCUCUACGACGAAGAGUUGGUUAAAAACAAGCUUCGGGAGCUUUGUCAUCGCCGCCGAGAAGGUUGUCUUAGAGACAUUAUGUUCUGUAUGAGAGCUGAUCUCGUCAGGAACCUCGGUAACAUGUGUAACUCGGAGCUGCAUCAAGGGAGGCUUCAGGUUCCGAGGCUUAUUAAAGAGUACAUCAACGAGGUCUCUACUCAGUUGAGAAUGGUUUGCUCCUCUGAGUCAUUAGAGGAGCUUUCUUUAGAAGAGAAGCUUUCUUUUAUGCACGAGACACGUCACGCCUUUGGUAGAACGGCUUUGCUUCUUAGCGGUGGAGCUUCUCUAGGUGCGUUUCAUGUAGGUGUGGUUAGGACUCUGGUUGAGCAUAAGCUCUUACCUCGGAUUAUUGCUGGCUCUAGUGUUGGCUCCAUAAUCUGUUCAAUCGUAGCAACGAGGUCUUGGCCCGAGCUACAGAGUUUCUUUGAGAACUCUUUGCACUCUCUACAGUUCUUUGAUCAGCUAGGAAGCGUUUUCACGAUCGUUAAAAGAGUCAUGACGCAAGGCGCGUUACACGAUAUAAGACAGUUGCAAUGCAUGCUUAGGAACCUCACGUGCAACCUCACGUUCCAAGAGGCUUAUGAUAUAACAGGGAGGAUCCUAGCGAUAACGGUUUGCUCCCCAAGGAAGCACGAACCGCCUCGGUGUCUUAACUAUUUGACUUCGCCUCAUGUGGUUAUAUGGAGUGCGGUGACUGCUUCUUGUGCCUUUCCUGGUCUCUUUGAAGCUCAAGAACUGAUGGCUAAAGAUAGAAGUGGAGAGAUUGUGCCGUAUCAUCCACCUUUUAAUUUGGAUCCUGAAGAGGGUACUGAACCAUAUGCACGCCGGUGGAGGGAUGGUAGUUUGGAGGUUGAUUUGCCGAUGAUGCAGCUUAAGGAGCUGUUCAAUGUUAAUCAUUUUAUUGUGAGCCAAGCUAAUCCUCACAUUGUCCCGUUACUGCGUAUAAAGGAUAUAGUUCGAGCUUAUGGUGGUAGAUUUGCAGCAAAGCUUGCCCAUCUUGUGGAGAUGGAGGUGAAACAUAGGUGCAACCAGGUACUAGAACUUGGCUUUCCUCUCGGUGGACUCGCAAAGCUUUUUGCUCAGGAGUGGGAAGGUGAUGUAACAGUUGUAAUGCCAGCUACUCUUGCUCAGUACUCAAAGAUUAUACAAAACCCUACUCAUGUCGAGCUUCAAAAAGCCGCUAACCAAGGAAGGAGAUGCACUUGGGAGAAGCUAUCAGCCAUAAAAGCAAACUGUGGGAUCGAGCUUGCGCUUGAUGAGUGUGUAACUAAUCUUAACCAUAUGCGUAGGCUCAACAGAAGCGCUGAGAGAGCCGCUGCUGCUGCUGGCACGUCCUCCUCGUCUCAUCACGGAUUAGCUUCAGCCACAAGAUUCAAUGGCUCUAGAAGAAUCCCAUCUUGGAACGUCAUUGCUAGAGAGAACUCGACUGGUUCACUCGAUGAACUAGUCGCUGACAGUAAUCUCCACGCGUCUUCGGGCUGGAACUUGAGCGAUGGUGAAACUGAGAGCGUGGAGUUGAGUUCGUGGACAAGAACCGGUGGACCUUUGAUGAGAACAGCGUCUGCUAAUAAGUUCAUUGACUUCGUUCAGAGUCUUGAUGUGGACAUUGCAUUGACCAGAGGAUUUAGUAGCAGUCCCACUUCUCCGGUGGUUCCUGGCGUAUUUAGCCCAAGCUUUAGUCCAGACUCAAGAUCCAUGGACAACAAUAACAACAUGCUUCGAACAAACACUUCAAGCAUAAUAGUUACUGAAGGUGAUCUUCUACAGACUGAGAGAACCAGUAACGGUUUUGUGUUGAACGUUGUUAGAAGAGAGGACUUGGGAAUGUCUAUUGGGAAUCAGAACACUGAGCUGCCAGAGAGUGUACAGCUCGAUAUACCUGACAAGGAGAUGGAUGAUAGCUCUGUAUCAGAACAUGAAGUAGACCAAGAAGAUGAUGAUGAUGAAGAACAUGGCGGCUCGGACCCGGUUAACGUUUCUUGAGAAGAUUCAGGUUUACAAGAACCAGUAACUUGUAGUGCUAUAGAUGCUUAGACUGAUUGAUUGGAGUGAGAUUCUUGUUCAACAAAGAGUUUGAAAGUGUUUGUGUUUUGUAAAUAGUAUAAGCCAUAAUGUGCAUGUUGUGUAUGUAUGUAUGUUUGCAUUGAUUAUUGUUUGAAAUUUGAAUUAUUCAUUC